AUGUAAACUCUAACAUUGUAUUUUUUAUACGUAUCCUUUUUCGUAUCAAAUUUUUAAACCUUGGUUAAAGGAUGUACACAUAACUUUAGUAUGAACAUGUUUUAUUUCAAGUGGGCGUGCCUCGUAGCAUUUGGCUUACAUCAAGGUAAUGCUUCCAGUACGGUAAUAUAUCCAGAAAUUGCAGACGAAAAAUUGAACAGUAAUGUGACUUUUAGAUGUACACAUAGUGGUCAAGGAUUUAGAAUUCGUUGGAAGACAAACAGCUGGGAUAGCAUAUGUUCAUUUGAAUUGAAUCAGUGUCCUUCAUCGACGUUAUUUACAGACAAAGGGUAUAACUGCACAUGCGAAAAAGACGGAUUAAAUGGAACAAACGCUGUUCUGCAUAUAUCAAACAUAACAGCGGCCUAUCACAACACAUCUUGGACAUGUGAAGUGAUAUAUAUGCACUAUACUGAGAGAGUAAGCGCAUCGUUGUUAGUUAAAGUACCUGUUGUGAAAAUAAAUAUGACUCCAUCUGUAGACGUUAUGACAGUUAUCGAACAUUCUAAAAUCCAGCUGAAUUGUACCACAUCAUUUUCGCGCCCGAUUCCCAAGGUUAAUUGGAUUAUUGCACAGACUGAUGGUGAAGGAAUCAUUAACAUCCCAGAAAAUGAUGUAGACUUCAACAACGAAAAUGGCUUUACGUCUGUCACAAGCAUGUUUGAUUACUUACCAAAUAGAACAGUAAAUGGGUGGAAAGUGUACUGCACUGUGUCCAUAACUGAAAUACAAUUACAAGAAAUCCGAUCUUCUCACGUUUUACUUAAUGUCACAUAUCCGCCAUGGAUCGACCCAAUAGAGGACAGUUUUGUCGCUGAAGGAUCUGCAUUUAAUUUUACAUGUCCAGUUCAUCACGGAAAUCCAGAUAAUACAUUUGUGGGUUGGACAAGGGAUGGUGACAAUAGAAACUGGACAUCACAAAAUGCAUUUAUAAAUAACAUCACAAAGUAUGAUGAUAUGAAUUACAACUGCACAGCGUAUAAUAUCAUGUCAUCAUCUAAUGACAACUACACAGUGCAAGGGAUAACAAUUCAAAUAUUCCAUCUGAAUGUCGAGUACAAAGCGGAUGUUUACGACUUUUACGUUGAUGGAUAUCUCUCGGACAAGAACAUAACAGUCAAAGAAGGUGACAAUGUCACAUUUCUUUGUUAUGUUGAUAGUAAACCUUUAUCUAAUACAACUAUAACAAUACGACACAAACAGGAAGAAUACAUGACAAUAGGAAAAGCCAACAUUAGCUACACUCGUUGGUAUGUUAACUGUUUUGAUGCAGGAGAAUAUGUGUGUAGUGUGAGGAACAAACACAAUAUUGAGGAAAGAUCAUCACAGAUACUGUACAUUGAAGUCAUAUGUUCUCCGAUGUCAAAUCCAUUGGAACCAGUAGCUUACAAUAUAACGACUCGAGGAAAUGAUCCAGCAGUCUUCAGUUAUUCAUGCUUAGCAUACCCAUUACCAACAAUUGUGGUUUGGAGGAAAUUUAACGGCUCAGAUUCGACAUCACUCACUACCGACAGCGACAUUAAAAUCACACAAUUAGACUUAAAUUUUAGUUUGACAAUAAAGAAUGUCUUGAGGACUGAUAUUGGUCUGUAUAAAUUGACGAUUGGAAACAAAGUCGGUUCGAUUGAGCAGAUCUUUACACUUGAAAUAGAAGAUAAACCAGAUCCUCCGUCAGGAUUCCAUGCUAUUGCAGAAUUGAUAACUGAAUCGACUAUCGCAGUUCAGUGGCUCCCUUCAUUUAACGGCGGAAGACCCCAACACUUCGUAUUAAAUUACUCAAAAAGUGGACUUGAUUGGAUAAUGAGGGUUGUUCCAAGUAGCGGAGAUGCUCUUUAUAAUCUAACACUGAAGGGUCUCUCUGGUGGAACAUUUUAUCGGCUGUUGCUUUACUCAGAAAACGUAAUUGGGAGAUCUAAACUGUCCGACGUUCUCUAUAUUCAGACAAAAUUGUCACCCGUAAAAGAGAGCGACUUUAGUGUAGUAGGGAUUGCAAUUGGAAGUGGAAUUGGCGUGGGGUUUUCUUCUCUUGGAUUUCUUGCUGGCGUAUGGAUAUUUAAAAAGAGAUCGAAGCGAAACAAGAAUACGGGAGUUUCCUAUGUAAACAUGAAAAACGAGAAAAGAAAACAACAAAAAGAGGAAGACAAUGUUUAUGAUCAGAUAGAUGUGUAUAACAAGGACCAAAUAAACAAAGAAACAUGCAAGAUAGUUACAGGAGAUGACAACGACCAUGCUAUAUAUUAUCAGAAACUAAAACCAACUGAUUUGGACAAGAAUCAGUACAAUCAAUUGCCUAGUAUGACUGAAGAUAUUCCAGAUUCCGAUGAAGCACAUGCAUCGUCAAUGGAAGGGAAUGCAAUACUUGAAAUUUGCGAAUCAACUUACAUAAAUCUUAUUUAAAUGAAAUACACGUUAAACGUUCAGUAUGUGGCAUUUAUCUAAGGUAUAAUAUAUGGACCUCUAAGGAUAAGUGAUUAUUAUCUCCGGAAAGCAGACUCCAAAUGAAUGUAAAAAUUGAAAACUUUUGAGAUGACAACAAGAAUGAGUAUUGUACGUUGUCUUUUUUAUAUGAAUAGAAAAACAGUGAAAUUAUAUGUAAAGGUUGGAGAUAUUUAUAGUUUUAAUGUAUCUUUCGUAAUAAAGUCUUCAUUUUAAAUAAUAUCGACAAAGUUGGUUUAAACUUAAAAGUAAAAAAAAAAUGUAUAUUUUUUUCUUUUCUGUUUUUUUUUUACUUUCGAAAAGAUUUGGGAUAGAAAUUGCGUAAGGAAUUCCUUUUACUUCGAAAACUUGAUGUUAGAUUAAUGUUGAACUUAAUGUAAUGGUAGCAACAAUACGUUUAAUAGUAUAGCAUGUGACCAAAGUAAUUAAUUUCACAAGAAAAUUUGAUUAUAGCGUGACAAAGUCUUUAAUAAUUAACUAAGAUAUAAAAUGUAAAAAGUUAUUAAAAAACGAAAUAUCAAAGGUUGUUUGUAGAUAUAUCUAAACCUUUAAAUGAUCAACUGCACAAUUGAACGCUAUACUUCCAUUUGUGCAAUGAACUAUUGAUGAUUGAUAAAACCCUAAAUAUAUACAGGUUUAAUUACUUGAAGAUUUCAAUUGGACUUUUUUAUCUUUAUUUAAAAACAGAAAAAAACAUUGUCAUUUUCAGAAUAUGAUAUUAACGAUUUAAAGGCAAUUUCUUUCCUUUACAUUUAUA